AGCUCUUUUGCGUGACCGCGUACCCCCUCGCAAUGAACGCGCACGACAGCGCGUCCCUGCUGAUGGUUGUCAGUGUACAGACAUGGCUGUCCUGAGUAAAAUACCGCACGGCUGCUACGAGAUCGGUCAUACCUGGAACCCAUCGUGUGCGUAUUCUGCUGUGGAUGUAACCAGGAGUGCUCUGGAGGUCUCCUUCAAAAUAUACGCCCCUCUUUACCUGAUAGCAGCAGUUCUAAGGAGAAGGAAGAAGGACUACUAUUUAAAAAGGCUUCUUCCUGAGAUCCUGUGGUCUACCUCUUUCCUCACUGCCAAUGGAGGUCUCUACAUUGUUUUCUUCUGCAUCCUCAGGAAACUUUUGGGAGGGUUCUACUCCUGGUCUGCUGGGUUUGGCUCGGCACUGCCUGCCUCCUAUAUUGCCAUCCUCUUGGAGCGCAAGAGCCGGAGAGGGCUGCUGACAAUAUACAUGGCGAAUCUUGCUACUGAGACUUUGUUCCGCAUGGCCGUGACACGAGGCAUCGUCAAACCCAUCAAACAUGGCGAGGUGCUCUUGUUCUGCAUAACUGCAUCACUCUACAUGUUCUUCUUCAGGAGUAAAGAUGGACUCAAAGGCUUUGCAUUCUCUGCUUUAAAGUUCAUCAUUGGGAAAGAAGAGAUUCCGACUCAUUCUGGCUCAGCAGAACAUGUCUGCACAAGGCCCCUUGAGAGGACAGCUGCUAUAGAGACCGAUGAUUCAGAGGCGUCAGCAGAAAGGCCCGGCUCCCGGAGGAAAACUCUGGUAACCUACACCAAGGAACUGCUAGAAUCAAUAUGCAAACGCGGUCCAAGACACAGAUGUUGUAAACACAAUCAAGACAACUGCAUUUCGUAUUGUGUUAAAGGUUUUGUCAGGAUGUUCAGUGUUGGCUACCUGCUUCAGUGUUGUCUAAAAGUGCCCUCAGCUUUCAGGCAGAUGUUCUCCAAACCCUCCCGGCUCCCCUCCCUAUUCUACAACAAAGAGAACUUUCAGCUAGGAGCAUUUCUAGGAUCUUUCGUCAGUAUCUACAAGGGAACAAGCUGCUUGCUGCGCUGGCUGCGUAACAUUGAUGAUGAACUUCAUGCACUGAUAGCUGGGUUCCUGGCUGGUGUCUCAAUGUUCUUCUACAAAAGCACGACAAUAUCCAUGUAUCUCUUCUCUAAGCUGGUGGAGACCAUGUACUUCAAGGGCAUUGAGGCUGGCCGGUUCCCGUACUUUCCCCAUGCGGACACAGUCCUCUAUGCCAUUUCCACUGCUAUCUGUUUCCAAGCUGCUGUGAUGGAAGUGCAGAACCUCAGGCCUUCAUACUGGAAGUUCCUGCUGCGUUUAACUAAGGGCAGGUUUGCUCUGAUGAACCGACAGUUGCUAGAUGUGUUUGGGACUGAAGCCUCCAGGGACUUUAAAGGCUUUGUGCCCAAACUAGACCCUCGUUACACCAUGGUGCUUCCACCAGGAGCUGACAUCCAACUCGGAUGACUUGGGACCAGGCUCUGGGAAGGGCUUUAAGGUUACCUCAACAGGAAUUGGACAGUUUGCCUGUUCUUUCUGAGUAACUUUAGGAAUUUUUAAAGGUGUUAUAACAGCUCAGAAGUGGUGAUGUUGUUUUAUGAGACGGGAUAUGCUUUGAAGGAUGUAAAAGAUCUGUCCAACGCAGAGUGUGAUGUUUCACAAGCACAAAGCAUAAUUUUCUUAAAUUGGCAUUGAAAUUCAAUUGACGAGUAUAUUAAUAGAAGUAUUUUUAAGCCCUAAUGAAACCCUUUAUGUACAAAACAAAUAAUAAUGAUAAUGAUGAUAAUAACAAUAAUAACAAUAAUGUAAUAAUGAUUAUAAGAAAGCCACCUAAAUGAUUAAUUUAUGUUCUGCAUUUGGCAGGAUCCCAUCAAUAUUUUCUACAAGGUACGGGUAGUAGUAGUUAGGUGGAUAGGGUCAGUUCACCCAAAUCACAAAUGGGGAAAAAGAAACCCCCAAAAUUGCUUGAUUGGAAAAUAAAAAUGACCUCAACUUAAGGUGCAACAACAUUCCUUUUAUCCUUGAAUCGUAAUGUUUCUUCAUUUUGCAAGUUGGUACUGACGGAACUCAGUUCUGUGAUUUGGAAGCUUACUUUCAUGUCAGAGGAUGAAACUCACUAGCCUUUUUGGAACAGGCACAGUGAUACCUGAUUUUGAUUCUGAUGCAAGAGGAGAAAGAAUGUCUGAAUGUGUACUUUUUCAAGAAAAUGGCUGCAGCUGAUGAGAUAUAUAAUUAUGUAGCCUUAUCAAAUAUAUUCUGUAGUACACAAUGGAAUAUGUAUUUAAAUUGUGUUCUAUGAUGUGAAACACAGAUGUGGAAAGUCACCUUGUGAAUGUGUGUGUUACUAAUGUUUUUCCAUAACUUAACUGAUAUUUCAAAUGGAGUUGAGCAUUGAAAAAAAAAUCUCUACUCACACUAGAGUUUUUUAACAGCACUUAACACUAGUGAUUUUGACUGAGUGAGUCACCUUUAAAGAUACUUAAUGGGGUAUCAAGAAUCAAGGACAGUGCCAAAUUUGGAAGGUAAUUUUGUGAAAAACAUGGUUUGGUGACAUAUCUGUUUUUACGAGACCUUAAUUUACUGUUAUUACAGCUCAUUAACUGGAAAAAAUACCAGUAAUUUCACCUUGAAGACACAUAAAUAAUUAACAGUAAAUACAGCUAAGGAAACACAGUAAAUCAAUUUUUUACUAGUAAACCGUAUUGAGACUACCAUUUUCACCUGUACACAAGAAACCAGGUUAUUGGGUGAAGUCAAGUUAUGGCAAGAAAUCAGACAAUGUAUUUACAGUGCAUGCAGAGCAUUAACCUGAUUACUUAAAAACCUACAUUUACAGUCUGCAGGUUGUCACUAAUCACAUUUCUCUUUCACUAUAUAUUCAAAAAGAGAUUAGUUUAUUUUAAAUGUAUUAAAAGUUGUAUGUAAAAUGUUAAAAAAAAAAAAAAAAAAAAAAAAAAAAAGUAAUAUAUUAGGCUACAGCCUGAAGAGGCUAUUUGAUCCCAGCACUUUGAACUGUGCAACCAAACUCAUUUAGACUAAUUUAUUUUCAUUUCGGCUUUAGUCCGACUUUGGAUUUAAUUAGUUGCAAGUAAUGAUUUUUCUACUACUCCAACCACCCUGCUCUUACAGUUUAACUUUCCCUUUCAUCAAAGUCUAGCCACCUCUGUUUUACAGUAAAAGAAAUAUAUGUACUCAAUAUUUCAUGCAAAACCUGUUUAAAUGUAGUAAAAAAGAAUAUAAUGAGAGAAUAGGCCCUUAAGUUUAGAAAUAGCCUUUUAAUUUACAAAUGUAUUACAUGAGCUACUGUAUGUCAUUGUGAAAAACUAAAGAGCCAAGACUUUGAAAUACAAUGCAUAGGACGGUCAAAUGACAAUGCAAUGGAGACAAACUCUGAAGAUCCAUAUAAUUCAAAGUCUAUAUAAUUUGCAAAUGGUCUUUAUGGACGUUAUGUUUUCAUCUUUAUUUGGUGGUUUGUUUAUUUGUCAGCAGGAUCACUUAAAAAGAACUGAACCGAUUUGUACGAAACUUGGUGGAGGGAUGGGGCAUGGGCCAGGGAGGAACCCAUUACAUUUUGGUGCGUAUCCGGGAAUUUUUUUUUAUCACUGUUCUUGACAUCGCGAGUUCAAGCAUUUUUGCCUUAGCAGAGGUAUGCACUCGAAUGAGUGCCGUCUAGUUUUCAAUUUAUUCUCUGGAGGAGUUUGGGUGAGAAAUUAUUUCAAUAUUUGAUAUUCAUUAAUACAGGUCAAACCCAAACACAGGUUGAUUUAUAUGUUGCUUCGAAUGAGCUCAUAAAAUAUAAAGAUCACUGCAUUGACUGUUUGCGUUUUAAUGAAGGCUUAUUUCAAGGUGAACCCUACUGCUUUAAUUCCACAUUGAUUGAAACAUUGUUUACUGAGGAAUUUGGUGCCACGUUGAAGCAAUUUCCUGAAGGUUACAAGAAAUCUGUUUCUGUGAAUAAAAAGCGCACAGCUCAAUCUGCUUUUGUUUUUGAUUUUAUUGCUGCUGAGAGAUAAGGAUGUCUGCUGAAAAGAUGAUUUGAGUUUUAAACCUUUCAUGUUCUUUGAAACUCUGAUUCUACUAAAUGAUAGAUAAUCACAGUUCCUGAAAUAACAGGAACACUGAGUAUGUAUGUGUUUCAUGUAAUAUUUCAGUGCUCGAUGCAAAGUAAUGCUAUUGCAUCUUCAGUUUUUCAAGUGGACGAUUCAUGGAAACUUCAUUCCAGAUGUGAAAUGAUUACAUAUUAUAAGAGUAUAAAAAUGUUACAUUGUCUUGUACAAAUUUCCUAUUUCUGGCAGUUAUUUGAACAGCCAGUUUGUUUACUUCAACUUUUGAAUUCAGUUGUUCAACCCAGCUUUAGACACAUCUGACCUCCAUACCAGAAGCCAUGAAUGUAAAAAAAAAAAAAA